AUGUCCUCGAACUUGUACACCAAAUUAGCGAACGAGCCGUUCUCGAUAAGUGUGGAUUGCCAUCCCCUUGAGCCUCUCGACGCUGCCAAGCCGGAGAUGGAUCAAGACGGCCUGGAAAAGCAAGCCGUGACCGAGGAGUCUUCGGCCAAAUCGAUGAAGAUUCCACGAUGGGCUUUGAGCGAUCCCAAGACGCUCUUUAGCACCAAUAUCAGCGAAAAGGACGCCGUCAACUGUCUCUGCGUCGUGCUUAACACCGUGUCCACGGUGUCCAUCGUCUUUGCGAACAAGAUAGUCUUUACCGAUCCCCAAUUCCGCAAGUUCCAGAUCGGCACCGCAGCAUGGCACUUCACGGCGACGACGGUACUGCUGUACCUUUCGACCCUGCAGCCAUUUCACUUCUUCAAGCCGGUGCGGCUGGCUGUGCGAGACAUCCUGCCCCUGUCGACCUUGUUUGUCGGGUUCCUGGUACUGGGGAACCUAUCGCUCGCGCUUAACACGGUCUCGUUCUACCAACUGGCCAAGAUCAUGACCACGCCGACCGUGGUGGCCAUCAACUUUGUGCUGUUCCGCAAGGUGCUUCCAACGCCGUUGCUGCUGGCCAUAUUGGUUUCGUGCCUGGGCGUGGCCUUGACCAACGUCGCGAUGGUCACGUCGAACCCGACGGGCACGUUGGUUGCCGUCGCAGCCUUCGUCACCACGGCCUUCUACCAGAUCUGGAUUGGCAAGAAGGUGGCAGAACUCGACAUCGGUGCCCCCGCGCUGCUGCUGAACCAGGCGCCGCUCUCGGUGAUUAUGCUCCUGUGUCUGCUCCCGUUCACCGACACAAUCCCAGACUUUCGGACUGUCGACCCCAAGAUCCUGGCCACCUUCUUGUUCUCGGGCGUCCUGGCCGCGGGGCUCAACCUGAGCCAGUUCCUCAUCAUCGGGCGCGUGUCGGCCAUCGCCUUCAACGUCGUCUCCAACGCCAAGAACGUCAUUAUCAUUGCCCUAGGCUGGUACACGGCCGGCCAGGCCCCGUCGGUGAAGGACGUUGUGGGCGUCAUGCUGGCCCUGGGUGGAGCGGGUGCGUAUUCGUGGCUGCAACGAAAAUGA